AACUUUUAGAUUCCUCCUUUUCGGUAAAAUUUGAUUUAUUUAAAUGUUUUGCAUUCUUAUGAAAUUUCAUUAACUUGUCCGAAGACAUUUGAACUUACUCGUUUGUUCUAUUUGAGAGUUACACUAUUGAUUUUUCAUUGCAUCUUAGUGAGUAAUUACUUUCAAAGAAUAAUUUGAUACUAUGUAUUUGUGAGAUCUAAAUAGUAAAAAAAAAAAAAAAAGGCGGACCCCAGUGUCAAAGAGACUCCCGUACUAUGACAGGCUCGGGGGAAAGCUCAAUCCCAUAUGUACGCGGCCUUACCCCCCGAAGGAGAGGCCGUUUCCGGGAUUCGAACCUUGGACCCCGGGUGCAAACGCAAGCACUCCCUCCACGGUGCCAAGGCCCGCCUUCUGUGAGAUCUAAAUCCUUUUUGACAACAAAACAUAGGUGGAAACUAGGCUUUGCCUUGGACACGGGUGGACUUCCUGGAAACGGUGAACAAGAGAGUGUAAACGAUGACGGGUCCAAUCUGGGUCGCACUCGGUUGGGUAGGAUAGUGAGUGCGGGUGGCAAGGAGCUAUUGAAGAAGCUGAACUCGGCUAGAAAGAACUUUCCCAUGAAGAUAUUUCUGGUUCUUUUGGGUUUCUACACGGCAAAUGCAUUGGCUACAAUCCUCGGACAGACGGGUGAUUGGGAUGUUUUAGUUGCAGGCAUUGUUGUGGCGGCCAUCGAGGGCAUUGGCAUGCUCAUGUAUAGAAAAAUAAUCAGUAGUUGA